UGGGCGUCUUCUCGCGAGACUUCGGCGGCCGCCAUGGAGCAGCCGCUAAGCGGCCCGCCGGGGCUGUCUGCCAUCCUGGCGAAGACGGACUGGUCCGAGCCGUGGCUGCUGGGGCUGGGGGUUUUCCACCUUCUCUGCUUCCUCCUGACCUGCUUCUCUUUCCAGCACUACCGGGUGCAAAUAGGGCACUUCCUCUGCAUGGUGGGCUUAGUGUACUGCGCUGAAUAUAUAAAUGAAUUAGCAGCUAUGAAUUGGAGGCUGUUUUCUAAAUACCAAUACUUUGAUUCAAGAGGAAUGUUUAUUUCACUAGUAUUUUCAGCACCACUGCUGGUGAAUACUAUUAUAAUUGUGGUCACCUGGGUUUACAGAACUUUGAAUGUAAUGACUGAACUGAAGACACUACAGCAGAGAAUCAAAGCAGAAAAACAGAAAAAGAAGUGAAACUCCUAAUGCUUUUUUUUUUUUUAAAUUAUAAUACUUGUCCAGGUAAUCAGUCCUUCAUAUGUUUAUUCAGAAACAGCAAUGGUUUUGUGCCUGAUGUCAAGAGGACUUUGCAACCUGUGAUCAUGGGCAAUGAGGUGAAAGCAGGUUAUCUGUAAUACAUCUGAAUUGGCUGUGAAAUUGAGAAACCCAGUCGUAACAGGUCUUUGUGCCCUUCAGUGUAAGAUAGUUUUCCACCAUGACCAAGGCUAUUACUGUUGGUGAGACACAGUCUUCCAGUCUGUGUCUGUUUCCGUAUGUAUUUUUAAACUAUGUCUUAACUGUGUGUUUAUCAAGAAUCCUCUUCUGCUGCGUAAGCCAGUUGGAGCUGUGUUGUGAAGUCCAGUAAAUGAGGGAUUGUAUUCAGAAUACCUCAGGAAUCCAAGCUUCUGUGAAGCAUUUCACUUCUUUAUAAAUCAUGUUUCAUACUUCCGAUGUGUAUUGUGUGCCAGUAGCAUUUUAUAAAUAAAACUAUCCACUGUACCUUAAA